GGUUGACGUGUGAGUGUGAGUGAAUAUAAAUAUAACCUAUCUGUUAAAGGUAUUUACAAUGUCUCGUUUAAUAGUAAAAAAUCUCCCUAAAAACAUCACAGAAGAAACUAUACGACAAAUAUUUAGCCAAAAAGGAACUGUCACUGAUAUUCAGUUAAAAUAUACACCAGAAGGUAAAUUCCGAAAGUUUUGUUUUGUGGGAUACCAGAAUGAGUUAGAGGCGGAAGAAGCAAUUCAAUCCCUUAAUAAUACAUUUAUCAAAACAAGUAAAAUCACAGUUGAAAACUGUGUUGCCUUAGGCGAUAAAAGCAAACCCAAGGCUUGGAGUAAAUAUGCCCAAGAUAGUGAGCAAUUUAAGAAAAAUAAUAAAAAGGAAACAGAGCCUGAAAAUAAAGAAGUUAAUGAACAGAAGAAAACAAAAAAGAAACAUAAAUCAGAUGAAGCAGAACAAUUAUUAGAAAAGUAUAAAAAUGAUCCAUUGUUUGAAGAAUAUCUACAAGUUCAUGCCCCAAAUGAAUCCGAAAAGCUUCAGAAGCUUAAAAAUAUGCAAGCAAAUCAAGAACAAGAAGGAAAUGAAGAAAAAAACGAAGAUAUAAGUAAAUUACCCAAUGAAGAUAACGAAGAAUCUGAUUAUAAAAGUGAAUCAGAAGAUGGUAAUAAGAAAUUAGCUAAUGAACAAAUUUCCGAUUUAGAGUACAUGAAACAAUUAAUGAAGGGUGAAACUGAAAGGAAGCCAAGGGAGAAAAUGAAAAAGAAGGUCAAAGAGCAGAUAAAGUUGUUUACAAUUAAGCUCAGGGAUUUACCAUAUAACAUAAAAAAGAAAGACAUAAAACAUUUCUUUAAACCCAUAUCCUGUUAUAGUGUGAGGAUACCUAGAAAUAUACAUGGAAUAGCAUUUGUAGGUUUUAAAACAGAGAGGUUACUCAACAAGGCCUUAAUUAAAAAUAGAAGUUUCAUUAAUGGAAAACGUAUUCUAGUUACCAAAUACACAACUAGUGAAGAAAAAGCUGAAGAAAGUGGAACCGUUAAUAAUAACACAUCUAAGAAUAAAUGGCAAUCCCAAGAAGAGUCUCUAAAGAAUGAAGAAAGUAUAGGAGAAUCGGGUAGAAUUUUUAUUAGAAAUUUAGCAUACACAACAACAGAGGAAGAUAUUGAGAAAAUGUUUUCCAAAUAUGGUCCUUUAACGGAAGUUAACUUACCAAUAGAUGUAAGCACUAAAAAAAUGAAAGGCUUUGGUUUGAUAACUUUUUUAAUGCCAGAACAUGCUGUUAAAGCUUAUUCAGAGCUAGAUGGUUCUAUUUUACAUGGACGUAUGCUUCACCUUCUUCCAGGCAAAAGCAAAGACACAAAUGAAGAAGAUUUAGAAGAAUCAUCGAAUUUCAAAAAGAAAAAAGCUGCCAAGCAGAAAGCUCAAGCUGGUUCUUCGCACAAUUGGAAUUCCUUGUUUUUGGGCCACGAUGCUGUAGCUGAAGUAAUAGCCGACAGUUAUGGAACUACUAAAGAAGCUGUGAUAGGUCCUGAUGGAAAGGGUAGUGCCGCUGUGAGAUUAGCUUUGGGAGAAACGCAAAUUGUUGCACAAACCAGGAAAUAUUUGGAACAAGAGGGUGUUGUGUUGGAUGCCUUUGCUAACUCAUCAGGAAAGAGAUCAAAAAUUGUAAUAUUAGUUAAGAAUUUACCAUCCAAGACUGAGGCUAGAGAAAUUCGUGAAAUGUUUGAGAAACAUGGAGAAGUUGGUAGAGUUAUUUUACCUUCAAGUGGAAUUACAGCAAUUGUUGAAUUUCUUGAACCUUCCGAAGCAAGAAAGGCAUUUACAAGAUUAGCUUACACUAAAUUUAAAAACAUGCCUCUAUAUCUUGAAUGGGCUCCCGAAAACAGCUUAAAAGAAUCAAGCAAAGAUAAUACUGAAAAAAUUGUAAAAACUGACGAUAACAAAAUAGAACCAGAAAAAGAAAUCAAUUCAGAACAAAAUAACGAAGAAAAUACUAACGAAAACAAUGUUGAGGAAGCUGAAGAAGAAGAGGAAGAACCUGAGCCUGAUACUACUUUGUUUGUGAAAAAUUUGAAUUUCAAAACUACUGAUGAAGGUUUAAGAAAACAUUUUGUAAGUUGCGGUAAAAUCCACUAUGCCAAUGUCGCUACCAAAAAAGAUCCCAAAGAUCCUAACAAUGUUUUAUCCAUGGGUUAUGGUUUUAUUCGGUUCACGUACAAAGCCGGAGCUGAUAAGGCUUUAAAAACUAUGCAACAAAGUGUUUUAGAUGGGAAAUCGUUGGAACUGAAGAGAUCAGAAAGAACAUUCAAAAAUGAAGUGCAAUCUACUAGAAAAGUUAAUAAAGCUAGUAAACAGACUGGUUCUAAAAUAUUAGUGAGAAACGUACCUUUCCAAGCCAAUAAAAAAGAAAUUCAAGAAUUAUUUAGUACGUUUGGAGAAAUUCGAGCAUUAAGAUUACCCAAAAAAAUGGGAGCUGGUACAGACAGCCACAGAGGAUUUGCUUUCAUUGACUACACAACAGCAUCUGAUGCUAAGGCCGCAUUUGAAGCACUUUCUCAAAGUACACAUUUGUACGGUAGACGUCUAGUGUUAGAAUGGGCAGCUCAAGAGGAAGGAGUUGAUGAUAUCAGAAAACGAACGGCCAGCCAUUUCAGACCAGAGGAAGAAGGAAAAAAGAAGUCAAAGAAAAGUGUUUUUACCAUGUAAAUCUUGUAAAUAUACAUAUUUUAAAUGUU